AUGUCUGCUGAAGAGAAAACCAGAGUGUCGGGCGACAUCACUCGCUCCGACAGCUCUCCUGUCCUGCCCACCGUCAAUCCUGCGGCCGACAAGCCUGCUCCCGCAAAGGCUUCGCUGCACCCCGUCUUCUACGUUGUCUCUUCCGUCAUCCUGUUCAACAAAUGGCUCCUGGACACGCUCAACUUCCGCUAUCCCGUUAUUCUUACGACCUACCACCUUACCUUUGCUACCGUCGUUACCCAAGUCAUGGCCCGCUGGACGACUAUGCUCGACGGCCGAAAGACGGUUAAGAUGACGGGCCGCGUAUACCUGCGAGCCGUUGUUCCCAUUGGUGUCUUCUUCAGCUUGAGUUUGAUCUGCGGCAACUUGACCUACCUCUACCUCUCUGUUGCCUUUAUCCAGAUGCUCAAGGCUACCACUCCUGUUGCUGUCCUGAUUUCUGGUUGGGCCCUGGGCGUGUCUCAGCCAAACCUGAAGCAAUUCCUCAACGUCUCGGCCAUCGUUGUUGGUGUCAUCAUUGCGUCGAUGGGCGAAAUCCACUUCGUCGUCAUUGGUGUCGUCUACCAGAUCGCCGGUGUCAUCUUUGAGGCUCUCCGACUCACCAUGGUCCAGAGACUGCUGAGCUCUGCCGACUUCAAGAUGGACCCCCUGGUGUCUCUGUACUACUUCGCUCCCAUUUGCGCCGUGAUGAACGGUGUUGUCGCUCUGAUCUGGGAGGUUCCCAAGGUCUCCAUGGUUGAGGUGUACAACGUCGGCUUCUUCACCUUCUUCCUCAACGGUCUUUGCGCUUUCAUGCUCAACGUGUCUGUCGUUUUCUUGAUUGGCAAGACUUCUGCUGUUGUCCUCACCCUCUGCGGUGUUCUCAAGGACAUCAUGCUUGUUGUCGCCUCUAUGAUGAUCUGGGGCACCCAGGUGACUGCCCUUCAGUUCUUUGGCUACUCCAUCGCCCUCGGUGGCAUGGUCUACUACAAGCUUGGCUUUGAGGCUCUCAAGGGCUACGCUGGUGAGGCCGGCCGCCAGUGGGCCGAGUUUGGCGCUCGCAAGCCCAUUCUCCGCAAGCUGUCCAUCAUCGUGAUGGCUGUGCUCUUUAUUUUCGUCGUCUUUGGUGGCCUGGCUCCCACUUAUGCCCCUGAGUACGACCCAUCCAAGCUCGCCUCUGAAGUUACCAACCACUUCAAGGGCAACGCCGCUGCUGCCGCGGCCGCGGGAGCUGAGUAA